AUGAGUGAAUGUUUGAAAUAUAAAACUCCAAAUAAUGAAUGCAUGAGAUAUGCUAUUAUUUCACACAACCUUGAUUUUGUUACAUUCUUGAUGAAUGAAUACAAUACAGAGAUCGAUUCAAAUUACUGCAGAAAAUUUAACAAUCUUGAAUCAUUUUUUGUUUAUUUUGAUCAAAUAAAUGAUAUUAACAAAUGUUUUAUUUAUUCAGCAAUGCUUGGUAUCCCAUCCUUCAAAAAAAGUUUCCUAUCACAUGAUGCAAAUAUCAAUGAAAAAGUUCGAAAUGAAGAAACUGCUCUUCGUUAUGCAGCAUGGAAAUAG